GCCCUAUGGGAGCGGGACCUCAGGAUGUCAAGAUGAACGGUGGUAAUGAUGUGUCUCCAGCUACGUCUGCUUCAUUUUCCUGUUUCGGUAAAUUUUUUUCCCAGUUAUGAAGAUUUUACAUACAGAAUGCAACUACAGUUAUACCAGUGAUUCAGAAAAAUCAUCAAUGAUCUCCGCAGUUAGUUAUCAGCGUUUAUUUGUUGGCCUACGUCGACCAUCUUACCUACGAUCCAGUUAUCAUCGGAUUUUGCGUACUAUUUUGUAUCUGUGCCUAUGUUUAACACUAGUAUCACUUAUUUGGCUCACCUUCUACAUCUCCGAUUCUUCAUGGAUCAGUAGGAUAUUACAUCGUCAUAAUCAUGGUAAUCAAUUUACAGGUCAUAUAUCAGUGUCUCCAUAUCCCCGGGAUAAUACACUUACUGUACAUAAUAAAGAUAAUAAUAAUAAUGCCAUUUCAUCAGUGUCAACAAUAACAACAGAAAAUUAUAAAUAUGGUGUUGUGUUCGAUGCUGGGAGUACUGGCAGUCGUGUUCAUAUAUUCAAAUUACACUAUAAUCCUUUCGAUCACUUUACACCGUUUAAAUUGUUGGAUGAUAUAUAUCAUCAAGUCAAGCCUGGAUUAUCUGCUUAUUCUGAGAAACCUGAGGAUGCAGCCAACAGUAUAUCAAAGUUGAUUCAUAUUGCUGAAACUAGUCUUCCCACUAGUCUUUGUCACAAUACUCCAGUUAUACUCAGAGCUACAGCUGGUCUACGAUUACUGUCUACUAUAAAAGCAGAGAAUAUAUUGAAAGCUGUACGUAAUAGGCUGUCUCAAACAUGUUUUAAGCAAUUACCAAAUGCUGUAACUAUUAUGGAUGGAUUUUAUGAGGGUCUCUACCUGUGGUUAACAUUGAACUUUCUCAAUGAUCGGUUAUCUCGACAAAAGCUUGGAUCAGGUAAACAAGCAAAUUCUUUUACGCAAACAAUUGGUACACUGGACUUAGGUGGAGGUUCAACUCAAAUCACAUUCAUCCCCACUGAGUUAGAUACUUUCAUAAAUUCACCCAGUGGUUUUAUCACCAACUUUGAUCCUACUGGACAUAAUAGCAAUGAUUCUCAACAAAAGAUCUAUUCCCAUAGUUACUUAGGAUUGGGAUUAAUGUCUGCGCGUUAUUCAGUGCUGCAUAAUGCAACUGGUUAUAUGAACUCAAAAUUUUUUACCAAAGGGAAAAAGCAAUUUUUCUAUCCAUGUUGGCCAAUUAAUUUGACUCUUACCUGGAAUCAUGCUGGCUAUGACUGGGAGAUCAGUCGCAUGAAUCAAUCAUUGACUUCAUUACUGUUAUCCUCUAUAACAAUCAAGUCAGCCCAUAAUCAUUUGUCUACUACAUCAAUGAAUAAUAAUGAUUCAGCAUUGUGUUAUGCUCUGGCGUUGACUGUUUUACAAAAUCCUUUUGAAGGUGAUGGCAAUACUACAAGACAUCCACCGAAUAAUUUUAUUGUGCAUCAAGCAGCUGAAGUGAAAAAGCGUGAAUUCUACGCCUUUUCAUACUAUUUUGAUUUGGCCGUCAGUGCUGGUUUAAUUGAUGAAGAUAUUGGUGGAUUUGUAACAGCAAAAGAUUUUCAGUAUGCUGCUGAACAGACUUGUCGUAAUCCCAGUCCUGAAAAACCUUUUGACUGUAUGGAUCUUAAUUUUAUCGCUGCCUUGUUAAGUGAUGGUUAUGGAUUUCCGUUGGAUAAAAAGAUCGGAGGACCAAUCUACAACCUCAUACAACUUUCACGGAUAGAAGCCAGAUUCAUAAACCAACGUAUAAUGUUAUAAUCAAUAUUCGAUGUCUUAAAAAUCGAAUCACUCAGAAAUAUCUACGUUUACGUAUUCUAAUACCAACGGGUAAUGUGAAAGCAGCAAUACAACGUAUCAGUAAGCUCUGCAUAAAAGAAGGGAUUCAUAAAAUAGUCAAGAAGUUACACAGCAUCCACGGUUAUAUUAAUGAACUAAAACGUGAAUUGAUGCGUACAGUUGGUGAAAAAAGACUAUAAACUCCUGAUCGAGAACUUCAACAAAGCGAGAUCAGCUGCAUUAAAAAGUUCAAGAUUCCUCAAGUAAAGAAGUUCAAUAAACAAGUGGAAAAAAAGCAUCUAGUGGAAAAGAAUGAGAUAAUCCACAGCACAUCGCCAGUCAUCGGCAUCACAAAACGGGUUUUUAAUCUCUCAAAUCGAAUAGCUCAAAAGAAUUAAAGGUGCAGGAAAAGAGGUUUGACUUCAGUGUAGCAGUUAGUGAGUUGAAACCUGACAAUGGUAUUUCCAGAUUGAGAUACCGUUAAAGUUUAUUAGAAAGAACAGUUGUAGAUGUGUCUCAAGCACAAUACGAAAACCGUGUUCGAAAGAAGACAGCAUCAGAGAAAAAAACUGUAGGGAGUAUAAUGUAACCACGGGAUCGGGAAAACAAAAUCGUAGCAGAACAUUAAAAUAAUGAACAAAAUACGAUUUUAACGGAACUGAGCAGCUAAAGAUGGAAGUGAAUCAGCUUUGUUAUUAAACAUAAAUUACACUACUCAUUACUAGUAAAUAGCAUAAAGUUGAACGCACAAUAAAUGGCAAAUUAAAGCGAACGAGAACUAACAAUGUAUGUUGUACGAUCUUAUCACUGGGUUUUAAUUGUCACUUUUCUACUUCAGUUUUUCAGGAAGGUCAAAUCUUUUGAAAUCAACUGGAGUCUUGGUGCCUUAUUCUCAGAAAUGUAUAAUAACUCAACAAUUUAAACUUUACUCAUCAUACGAAAUCUUUCUUUUGCUCAGUGAAUUUCAUCAUAUUGAUUGAUGUCUUGUUCCUACUUCCUGUCAUUUAAUUUCUGAGUUCAUUUUUUUUUACAUAUUUCCAACAACAAAAAAACAUUUUAGCCGUAUCACUAUAUUUUUCGGUUCAUUUUUAGUCUAUUCAUCCAGAUGUAUGAUGUUGUCGCAUUGCCUUAUUUGAUUCUGUACUGAAUUCUUUGUGUAUCCAUUGAUAACUGCAUGUAAGAUGUAUUUUCAUUAUUCUGUUUAUAUGUAUUAGAUGUUUAUUUAUACUUGAUUUUAAAAUCUGCGCAUAGACCUGAGAAUCCACAUUAUGUGUGUACUCGUUGUAAUGUUUAGGUUUGGCUAGUUAGCAUUCAUAUCUGGUCUUUGGAUUUUUUUAAACAGAUAUAUUGUAGAUCCAUUCUGCUAUUCAUCCAAAUGUCACAGUUUUUGAAUAAUACACGAUUAAAAUUUCUUGU